UGUCAUUGUGACAUCAGUUCAUUAAUUGAAUUCGCCAGUGAAGCAAAUAAAAAUACCUUGUUAUCAUGCGUUAUCGUUCAGAUGGCCUAGAUAUUAGGGCACCGCAGGCCCUGUAGGCCCUACUGUUCUCCAACUAAAAAAUUACUUGUAGCUGACGCUAAGCAUGCAGCUUAAUUCAGAAAAAACACAGUCAACGAGUAAGACCAGGAAGUAAUAUUUGAAGGGAAGACUUUAUAACGGCAAAGGCUGCUUUGCAAUGGAAGUUACCAGUCAGCUGUGUCUUAUGAAACUCUACGUGACAGUCAUGAUGUAUGCAGUUGAAGGACGUUUUGUAAAACUUGAUGCUUCACAUUCCGAAGUGCAGAUAAAAUGUUCUGACGGAUUUCUUGCUAUUCGCCAUGUCUAUUCGUUCUGCUGUUCUCAAGUCUCUGGUGGGUGUCUUGGGUUGACAGAAUGUUCCAUCAAUCUCUGCUGUAAUACAACAUCUCAACAUGACACAAUAUGCAGGUUAAUGGAAUGGAAAGCAGAGGGUUACCAGCAUACAGUCAUAACAUUCGACUGCCAGCUCUACUCUGAGACUGUGAAUGGCAUAAAGUCUGCUUUUCCAACAAAAAUUGAAAGAAAUAUAUGUCAAGUGCGACCCAAUACAACUAUGACCCGCAAGAUCAGCCUCCACGAUGAGACCACCAGUAGGCCUACUGCAACCAUUGUGUCAACAGGCACAACGCCACUUCGGACAUCAACAGCUCAGCCAACAGCUACAAGUAGUUUGGAUGCGCGCGGUGUCUUUGAAGUUUUGCUUGGAUGCGGGAUGAUCACAGUUGGCUACACAGUUAUAAUAUUCGUCAUAUUGCUUGUUAAUAAAAGGUUAGAAUAUGAGCAAAAGAGGGCCAUUUUGGCAAAACUUCGUCGUAUCCGCUAUGAGCGUAGACGUCGAGGUAUUCAGCUAAUACAACAAGAAAUGGACAACAUCCACAAGGGUUUGGAACAGCAGAGCAAUGUGAAUGCCACUGCAGGUCAAGUCCUUUAUUCUAACGAAUAUCACUUAUCAUCAUAUGAAGAGAUCUCAGACGCUCACAUAUACUUAGAACCAUUACAAUUGGCAGCCGUUGAAUACGAUGAUACUGUGCUUAAUUCACAAGGGCCAUUGUAUGACGAAAUAAAUCAGUUUUCUGGGGAACAAUUUUGUGACACUGCCGUCACUGGUACUGUUCAAAUUAACCAAGGUGAAUUAUUUAAGUAUGACUAUGUGGUUGACAGAGAAAGUACUGAAGUGGAAGAGAUUGUUGAUACUAUUCAGACUAUUACCCAUGGCGGAGACUGCAAAGAUCUCCCAACCAAACCAGUAAUUAAAGACUCUUACAUUCAUUUCAAAGAGACAAAUCAGUGCGAAGAACGGCUUGUUGAGCGCAGACAGACCUUGCCAAAGGAAUAUGCAAAUGUCUCGUCGUACGAACAUCUAGUUAAACAGGAGAACUGUGAGCUUUCAGAACAGGAUUCCUCGUACCAAGAACUGAGUGAAAAUAUACAGUAACGCCGAGGAGAGGCUAUAUAUUAUUCAACAACUAACUCUUUGAUUAUUUAGGAAGUUAUAAUUUGAAAAAUUUCAAGUAAAAACCUAUAAAUUGAAAAUUAAUACAUUUUAUAAUUUUAUAAAUUAAAAGUCGGCAAAGGACGGCAACACCAAAUAUAUGCAGUGCAUUAGAACAAGGACUUUAGUUUUUCACUGGUCAGCAUUUCAGAUUUUUUUGGAAAAAAAUUGGGGAAUUAUUAUUAUUAUUAUUAUUUUCA